AUGGAAGAUGAACAAUUUUAUUCAAACGGGUGUCGCCAGAAGCAAAGACCACCUUUUUUAGUGAACAUAGCCCAAAUUCGGAGUAGGGGGAAUCCGUUUAUUUCCGGGCGGGGGGUGGGGCACCCCUUGAAUAACAAACAUUUUUUUACGGGGUGUCCACAUUGGAGUUUUUGCCGAUUGACGUGUCCCUGGGUGAAAAUGAGGCGGUGGACGCUUACACUAGGAGCACAACUUGUGCUUUGGAUCGUCUGCAUCAUAUGCCAGCAUGGACACGUUCAAGGAGAAAUUUGUCAGAGUAAAGACAUCCGCAACAAUGUGACCAAUCUCCAGUCACUGGAGAACUGCACCAUCAUUGAGGGCCACCUGAAGAUCCUGCUCAUGUUUAAGACCAAGACUGAGGACUUUCGGGGCCUCAGCUACCCAAAGCUGCAAGUUGUAACUGACUAUAUGCUGCUCUUCCGGGUCUACGGCCUCGAUUCCCUCACUGAUCUAUUUCCUAACCUUACUGUGAUCCGUGGCAACAACCUCUUCUUCAACUAUGCCCUUGUGAUUUAUGAAAUGCUGCAACUGAAGGAGGUGGGCCUUCACAGCCUCAUGAACAUCACAAGGGGCGCUGUGAGGAUUGAGAAGAACCCAGACCUCUGCUACCUGGCCACUCUGGACUGGUCCAAGAUUCUGGACUCGGUGGAAGACAAUUACAUCGUGGAGAACAAGAAUGAAAGGGAGUGUGGAGACGUGUGUCCCGGUACAGCCCAAGGUCAGACAGUCUGCCAGCAGAACACCAUCAAUGGGCACUUCAGGGGACGAUGCUGGUCCCAGAACCACUGCCAGAGAAUGUGCCUGGAUCGAUGUAAGCAUGGCGCGUGUAACCUCCAGGGCAAAUGCUGCCAUGAACAGUGCUUAGGAGGCUGCUCAGAGCCGGCCAAUGCCAGCAGCUGUGUGGCUUGCAGGAACCUCCAGCACAGCAACACCUGUGUGGAGACAUGUCCUGCUGGAUACUACGUCUUCAGGGGUUGGCGCUGCGUCAGCUUCUCCUUCUGUCGGGCACUCCACAACCAGUGCAAGGAGACCAAGAGACUGAACCAGGGACGGGAAUCUGGUUGCCAUGAAUAUGUCAUCCACAAUGGUGCCUGCAUUCCAGAGUGUCCUUCUGGAUACACCACUAUAAACUCCUCCAUGUUGACGUGCUCACCGUGCGCAGGACUUUGUCCCAAACUUUGUGUGGGGAAUAAAACCAUCGACUCGGUUACCUCGGCCCAGGCUUUGAGAGGCUGCACGGUUCUCCACGGCAACAUGAUCAUCAAGAUUCGAGGCGGGAAUAACAUAGCGAAUGAGCUGGAGGCCAGUUUAGGUCAGAUUGAGGAAAUAACAGGAUACCUGACGGUUCGGAGAGCCUAUGCCCUCGUAUCCCUCUCCUUCUUGCGUAAACUGCGCACCAUCAAGGGAGAGCAUCUUGAGGGAGACAUCUAUGCCUUUUAUGCACUGGACAACCAGAAUCUUCGUGAGUUGUGGGACUGGUCCAAACACAACCUGACCAUCCACCGCGGUCGCACCUUCUUUCACUAUAACUCCAAACUGUGCAUGUCUGAAAUCCGCAAAAUGGAGGAGGUGACGGGCACUAAAGAGCGCAACCAAAAGAAUGACAUUGCAGGGCGCACCAACGGGGACCAAGCCUCUUGUGAAACCAAGUUGCUGAAAUUCACGUUCAUCAAGACAGCAUCAAACAAGAUUUUAGUGAAGUGGGAGCCUUUUUGGCCGUUAGAUUUCAGAGACUUACUGGGAUUUAUGGUUCUCUACAAAGAAGCGCCCUACAAGAAUGUGACAGAGUUUGAUGGGCAAGAUGCAUGUGGUUCUAACAGCUGGGUGAUCGCCGACGUCGACCCACCAGCCCGGGCUACUGACAACAAGGAGCAGUUCGAGCCCGGCCAUUUGAUCUGGCCGCUGAAGCCAUGGACCCAGUACGCCAUUAUGGUCAAAACCCAACUGUCUGCGUCUGACGAGCAUCAGGUUCAAGGGGCCAAGAGCGAGAUCAUCUAUGUCCGCACGGAUGCCUCUAAGCCCUCGGUGCCCCUCGAUCCCAUCUCCUCCUCCAACUCUUCCUCUCAAAUCAUCCUCAAGUGGAAGCCUCCCACCAAUCCCAAUGGCAACAUCACCCAUUACCGGGUCGUCUGCCGCAAACAACCUGAGGACAGCGACCUCUACAAGUUCGACUACUGUCUACAAGGGAUGAAACUGCCAUCCCGGACCCCAACCCACCUGGAUAGCGAUGAUGAGCAGAAGUGGAACCACACAGACGAGCCCAACAUAGGGGGCAAGUGCUGCGCCUGCCCUAAGACGGAUGUUCAGCUAAAGAAAGAGCAGGAGGAGAUUGAGUACCGCAAGACUUUUGAGAACUACCUACACAAUGAAGUCUUUGAGAGCAGACCUGCACGUCGGCGACGUUCAGUGGGUGUCGCUAACGCCACCGAAUUGCCUUUCCAUUUUCCCACAGCCCCCAGCAUUCCCAACAGUUCUACCAAAGCCAUGCCAAAAGAUGAGGAUGAAGAGGGAGUCAAGGUUGAACUGAAGGUCUUCUCAAAGGAGUCAACUGUCAUCUCCAACCUGCAACACUUUACCAGUUAUAAGAUCGAGAUCAUGGCCUGCAACCAUCCCACAGACCUAAAGGGGUGCAGCAUGGCCACUUACAUCAGUGCUAGAACUAUGCCAGAAGAGAAAGCAGAUGACAUCCCGAGCCAGGUGACCUAUGAGUUAAUGAACGGUGAGCCUGCAUCAGUGUUCAUUAAGUGGAAGGCACCUGUCUCUCCAAAUGGUCUCAUCAUCUUAUAUGAAGUGUUCUACAGGAAGGUUGGGGAGACUGAGGUCCACACAGCUUGUGUUUCUCGGCCUGCCUAUCUCAAGUCUGGCGGGACGAAGCUGUCGCUCGUACACCCUGGGAACUACAGUGUGAGGGUCCGUGCCACCUCCUUGGCGGGAAAUGGCUCAUUCACAGAAACCACCUACUUCUUUAUGCCCAACAAGGAUCCUGGUAUAAUUGGGGUUGUGAUUGGCCCGGUCAUCUGCUUCAUUCUUCUGUUGAUCGUGGGAGGUGCAGUCUUUGUGGUCUUCAAGAAAAAGCAAACAGAGGGCCCAACUGGACCUCUCAUUGCUUCCUCAAAUCCAGAGUACCUCAGUGCCAAUGAUGUUUAUGUUCCUGACGAGUGGGAGGUGCCGCGGGAGAAGAUCACAGUGCUCGGGGAGUUGGGUCAAGGCUCCUUCGGCAUGGUGUACGAAGGAAACGCCAAGGACAUCGUUAAAGGUGACCCAGACACCCGCGUGGCCAUCAAGACAGUCAACGAAUCAGCCAGCCUGCGAGAGAGGAUCGAAUUCCUCAAUGAGGCCUCUGUCAUGAAGGCCUUCAGCUGUCACCAUGUGGUACGCCUCUUAGGUGUGGUGUCCAAGGGUCAGCCCACCCUAGUUGUAAUGGAGCUAAUGACACAUGGUGAUCUGAAAAGCUACCUGCGAAGCCUCAGGCCGGACUCUGAGAACAACCCAACUGGCCGUCCCCCACCUACAUUGAAGGAGAUGAUCCAGAUGGCUGCGGAAAUCGCAGACGGUAUGGCCUACCUCAACGCCAAAAAGUUUGUGCACAGGGACCUGGCAGCCAGGAACUGCAUGGUGGCAGAAGACUUCACUGUCAAGAUUGGAGACUUUGGUAUGACGCGAGACAUCUACGAGACUGACUACUAUCGUAAAGGAGGGAAAGGCCUGCUUCCUGUCAGGUGGAUGGCUCCGGAGUCUCUCAAGGACGGAGUCUUCACUGCCCACUCUGACUGCUGGUCAUUUGGCGUUGUGCUUUGGGAGAUCAGCACACUAGCAGAGCAGCCUUACCAGGGUUUGUCCAAUGAGCAGGUUCUCAAAUUUGUCAUGGACGGCGGAUACCUGGACCGCCCGGACAACUGUCCUGAGAGAAUGCACAGCUUAAUGCAGAUGUGCUGGCAGUACAAUCCCAAAAUGCGGCCGAUGUUCCACGAGAUCAUCGAGAUGCUGCGGGAAGACCUGCACCCAUCUUUCCAGGAGGUCUCCUUCUUCUACAGCGAGGAGAACAAGGCCCCUGAGACAGAGGAGUUUGACUUGGACCUGGACAACAUGGAGAGCAUCCCCUUGGACCCAUCAUCAUACUCCCAGAGAGAAGAGAGCUUAGGCAGGGAAAGCGGGCCUUCUGUGGCCCUCAGGGGGAACUAUGAGGAACAUGUCCCCUACACACACAUGAACGGAGGCAAGAAAAAUGGACGAAUCUUAUCGUUGCCCCGAUCCAGCCCUUCCUAACAUUUCCUGUUACCCUGAAAGAACUUGUUGAACUGGCCCAACCACAACCUUCCUUCUUUUCUCCUCCAGCCCUGUCAGAAUCCUAUUCUUAUUCUUGGAGAAGACCUUCUCAACACACACAGAUCUCAGGACUUUUACUUUUUCUUCCUCACGACUGCCAAACACAGGCUAGCAAGGGAUGCAAACAGCACAUGGGUCUUUCUGGUAUCAUCCUUUUGUUUCUCGCUGUCACCUCGUUUCCAGGACACAUUGUGGUGGAAACGGAGGAUAAAAACAAAAGAACUGUGAACACGAGGAACCUUAGACAACCACAAGGCUGCUUUUAUGCUCGACCUCUUCAAAGACUCUCCUUUCCACUGGGUGUUUCUUUGCAUUUAUGUUUAUUCUCCUGACUCGGUCUUUCUACUCAGAUAGUGGCCUUUGGAUAUGUGGCCUAUAUAGAACGGGCCAUAUUUUCCCGUGCGCUUAAGUUAGAAAAGGUGCGCAGCUCCGCACUUGUCUGUCUACCCCAUUUGCCAUCCACUUAAUUCAAUCAUUUGGACACCAUCUAGCCACAUGCACACUAUGGGUGGAGUCACCCUCAAGUGAGGG